AUGGAAUCGAGUCAAUCUACCAAAUCAUUCAAGUCAAGUGAUGAUGAUGGCUGUGACGUCUACCAUGAUGUUGAGCAAGAACAAGCAAUACAAAAUUUAUCUGUAAGUAUUGCAGGACUGAAAAGAGUACUUUGCGAUGCCAAUACCCAAGAUGAAGAUAUUGUAAUUAUUCCUGAGAAGAAAAGCCUCAAACAAUUGGUAUUGCGAAUUCUGGACAAUCUGCAGGUAGGGGUAUUUUGUCAAAGAAACAAUAGAAAUUCGAGCAAAAUUCUGGGUACAGUGGGGGCGUCAGGUCAGGAAAACCGUGCGACAUCAGCGACAAGUAAAAAUGAAGGACAGGGCACAAAAUAAAAGAGUUUGUCUUUUGUGUGCAAAAAGUGAUGUUACAAAAUUGAAGAACGGGGCAAUUCUUUCCUGCGGUGGAGAUUAUCAAAUUAAUAGACACAAAAACAGUACUCAUCCCAGCAUUCCACUUGCUGAAGUCAAAAGCAAUAUUGUGCAAUUAAUCACAUCUCAGUACCAAAAAGUGUAAGAGCCAAAAUCAUGUAAAUCAUAGUUCCAGCCAAACCACCUUCCAGCAAGGAAUCCUGAUGCUGAGGUUAUACAGGAAAUUAUAAAUCUUCCUCAGGUGAUGACAGUGAAGAGGAUGAUGACAAUCAUAAAAUAGAAACAAUGGCAACAUACAAUUUACAGAACAAUAAGAUAGUAAAUUCACAAUCACAGUACACAGAGAGUUCUGGCAGAUGCAGUGCCAUCACAGCAGAUACAACAUUCCAGACAAACCUGUCCAAUUCUGUUACGGUUACAAAACAAACCUUUGAAGAAAAAGUAGUAUCAAUGAUAGAAAAGCUCUGCAUCAAAGUUGACAACCUUAAAUAAGCUACCAGCACAACAGCAGGUAAUAUCGAAAGUCACCACAGGUGUGGUAGAUUUGAAUUGGUGCGUGUGACCAUAUAUGAUUAAAUUUGCCUGUCUUGCACAUGUUUUGGUAAUUUUCAUCUGAAGCCUGCAAGCAUAAGGCCAGGUAACAGUGACUUCUUAUAAUUUUUUUGAUUUUAUGAUGGUAAAAUUACUCCGUAAAUGGCUAGUUUACUCUAAAAAUUUGCUUUUCACAUUGUUUUAAUUGUCUGCAUUCAUUAACAAGAAACGGAGAAUUUUAGAUGGUGCCAAAAAAUGGUGGAUAUUUGCCCUUUGAGAAAGGCUAAUUAAUCCUGGUGUUAUCACACCCUGUGUAUGCUAAGUAUAAUGCUUUGCUCAAUUUUUGUCUCCCCGUGCAAAUAUAUUCAUUGGUUUGUACUGAAUAAGGAAAUAUUUGAUAUUAUAUACAAUAUUGUACAAGAAUCUCAAAUAUACCAAUAUGAUUUUUCCAUUGAAUGCAUUUUGUAUCAAAUAUUUAUAUGUUUAUCUAUUUAUAUAUUUAGCUAUUUUUUGCAAUCUUUAAUUAUAUGUUACAAAUUACCCUGUUUGUUUAAUAAAUGCAAUACUUAGGUGUGAAACAUGAUUUUACCUAUACUUGGUCAAGCUGUAAGACUAACACCUGCUAGAGCUACCAAGAAGCUGUCCAGAGACUGCACAAGUAUUUGCACUGGAAGGUAUCUUUAAUGAAGGGAGGAUAGACGGAACUCAUGAAUGGUGUAGGAACCUACUGGCGUAAGCUGAAGAGUUCUGUGAUUCAACACAUGCUUUGUGCUUGUGAUAGACACACACUCUUACAGCAUUGAAUGAGGAAAAUAAUUUAAUGAAAAAGAAUUAUGAAGCAGCUGAAACAUUAGUAAAGAGUGCAUUAGUUUCCAUUAAAACAGUAGCGAUUGAUACACUGGGUGGAAAGCAUAAUUUAAAAAUGAAAAUUAAAGCCCAGCAAAUGACUUCAGACAAGACAUAACCAAAUAUAAAAUUUAUAGCCAAUAAAUUUUAUAUUUUGUUAUGUCUUGUCUGAAAGUCAUUUGCUGGGCUUUAAUUUUCAUUUUUAGUUUCCAUUAAGUCCAAGUCUGCUGCAGUUCAUUAUGAAGAGCAGGUUGCUUUUGCCUAUUCCCUCAAGGCUCAAUUUGCUAGUUUGGCGUAUGUGCAGUGGCAAUGUCUAGUCAAAUCUUACAAGCUUUUCACUGCAGCAUUGAAGAACGUAUCUCCAGCAUUCUCUGAUGAACUCCAUCCAUUACAGUAUCAAGUUCUUGGACAGGUAGGACUUUAUUUGACUACAAGUUUGCCUAAGUUAAUAUACUACCACUAUUUUUUAUUGACUAUAUUUUGAAUAUGUAUUGCUUUCCCAGGACUUUGUUGACUUAUUGUUGAUGCACAAUAUGUUUGCACCUGUUGCUAAUGUAAUGUGA